AUGCUCCACAAUACCAUUAACUCAACAAUUUCUGGGAUUCAAUUCACACUUGAAAAGGAAGUGGACAGCAAACUCCCAUUUCUGGAUGCUCUCGUGCAGCGUAAGGUCGACAGAACAUAACGCACAUCUGUGUACCGAAAAGAAACUUACGCUGAAAUCAUUCUACCUUAUAAGAGCAACCAGCCCAUUUCUCACAAGCGGAGUGCCGUAAACAGUCUGCUUAGUCGAGCAAAAACACAUUGUUCGGAUGAAAAAGGCUAUCGAGCCGAAAUGAACUACUGGUACGAAUUAUUUUCGCAAAAUGGAUACCUUAAGGAUUUUGUACGCAGAUGCAUGAGGCAGCGAGAAUCAAGGGAGAAGGAGCCGGGUAGUUCCAAUCAGACGCCUGAACUAAGCACAUGGCGGACUCUUCCUUACAUCAAGAAUGUGUCUGAACUUGUCGAAAGACACUUAAGGAAGCACCAAAUUCGAGUAGCGCACAAACCUACGACUACUUUGCGCUCUCAGCUGGUACAUCCUAAGGAUAGUGUUAACCAGCUGAACAAGAAAGAGAGCGUCUACAAGAUACCGUGUGAUGCAUGUGCUGCCGUCUAUUGUGGCCAGACUGUAAAAUCCGCGUCAACACGCAUCCAUGAGCACCAGUUGGCAGUAAAGAGACGAGACUAUCUGUCUCAGGUAGCCAUGCAUACUCUGGACACCGGGCACACUUUUGCUUGGGACAAAGCUCGCGUUGUCGCGGUCUGUCCUUUCAAGAAAGGCCUAGAAUUUCUCGAGGCAAUGCACUCUGAUGAAUCAUGCAUCAACCGGCAUAUCGAGUUGGAUGCCGUGUACAGAAACCUGAAGGAGAAAUGGAAGAGAAGGGAGCCAACCAGCUCAGGCUGAUACACGGCGGCCGCCAACCGGCGCACACGCCAUGCAAGUAUCGAUUUUUUGUGCACUCUUGACGUUAGCUGUUUCUCGCUUUCACAUGCGCUUUCCGCUUGCGUCUGACGACGACCUGGGGAACCAGCGUCGAAAAUUUACGCAAUAAACCCUCUGGUCCCACAGAACCCAUCUCUUUUCAACAUAUAUACAUAUAUAUACUGGCUAUCCCUCUCCUUGAUCCGGUCCUUUGUAUUUGCGCACGCACACCAGUGCGACCACUGUUUCAAAUGGGAUGACACGGAGGUCAUCUUCACGGCCAACACAAAACAGGCAAGAGAAUUUCCAGAGGCAUGGCACUCUAAACCGUACAGCAUCAACCGCCAUGUUUACCUAGACGCCCAUUAUGAGGGCCUAAAAUCACGUCUCACUGAGCUGAGCCCCACGCCGCAUCAGCGGCUACCAAUCCCGGCGCCCACAGUUCCUCUAACUGACAGUUCUCCCUUCCCUCUAACACGGGGAACCGUAACUGUUCUCUCGCCCCCACCCGGCUCAGAGCAAAACAUGACUCCCUGCACGCAUCAUUUCUCACACGCUAAUGGUCCGCCCAUCAAUGAUUGUUCUGCUGCGUCAACUAGUCUUUUGGGAUUGUUUAUAUAUGCAUAUACACAUAUAUAUAAUGGUAGAGGGCGCUCACCGAUCGUUCAUACGAAAAUCACACGUUCCGUUGUGCCCUACGGGCUCUCUCUCGAGCCCAACCAACAGCCGCACAGCGGCGCAUGAUAUAGGCUGUACGUUAUUACCGUCAGAGACAAUGGAGACUGGAAUAACCAUCUCUGGCUUAUCGGCCGUCGUCAGCCAGUCAUUCCCAAACCCGAAGUAGGGAACACCCGAGGCUCGAACUCGCUACCUGCUAGUUAGAAAUCCUCGCCUCUAACAACUGGGUAACGAGCCUCGGGUGUUCGGCACUUUGGGGUUGGGUAUGACUGGUUAACGACUGCUCAUAACACAGAAAUGGCCAUUCCAGUCUCCCUUGAAUUUAUCGGUAGUGCCAUUCUGCAUAUAUAUGAUGCGUCGCUGUGCCGCAGUUGGUUGGGCUCCAUAGAGCCCGUAAAGCAAAACGGCUGCUGCAAUGCGGAGUGUCAUUCCGCGUUUCCAGCAUCACUGCGAUCUGCUACAUUACCAAGUAUGAUCUUAACCUACUUGGUCUCGACUGGAUUGAACAACUUGGGUUGACCGAUAUGCUGCUCCACGUUCUUUGCAGUCAGGUGUAGAUUCCCGCUGUGCUUGCAGACCAAGCCAAAGACAUUCUCCAACGGUUUGCUCCAGUGUGCCAAGACGGCCUGGGUCGUUGCACGUACACUCAAGCCGUGCUACAUCUGUCUCCUGGAAAUCAACCAGUCUUCCGUCCAAAGCGACCAGUCCCAUAUGCAGCCCUACCACUUGUCGAGGCUGAAUUGAAGCGUCUAGAGGAAUUGGGAGUUCUGGUUCCUGUAUCCUACUCCGCCUGGGCCGCUCCAAUCGUUGUGUUUAAGGAGCCCAAUGGCUCUAUCCGCAUUUGUGCUGACUUCUCCACCGGUCUCAAUGCCGCGCUGACGGCGAACUGCUAUCCAUUACCGGUUCCGGCUGAUCUUUUCACCCUGCUGAAUGGUGGCACUUGCUUUGCCAAGUUGGAUCUUGCUGAUGCGUAUCUGCAGAUCGAGGUCGCCCCAGAGUCGCGCGAAUUGUUGACCAUCAAUGCCCACCGCGGUCUGUUCCAAUACACCAGGCUGCUCUUUGGUGUCAAGACCGCCCCGGCCCUAUUCCAACAAACGAUGAACGCAAUGCUCUCCGGCAUCCCUGGCACAGCUGGGUACCUGGACGACAUCAUCAUCGUGGAUCGCUCCCCUGCCGAGCUGCAAGACCGAGUGUGCGCAGUACUCGAACGCGUGCAGGAAUAUGGCUUUCGGCUGCGGGUCGACAAGUGCCAAUUCUUCCUCGACUCUAUCAAGUACCUCGGAUUUGUUUUUGACGUCACUGGUCGCCAUCCAGCUCCUUAA